GGCGGCGAAGGAGGAGGUCGGAGUUCUCCUCGAGUGCCGGGCGUCCGGGGCGCCGGUCACGGGACUUCUGCUCAGGACUGGGAAGAUGAGUCUUCGGAAGCAAACCCCCAGUGACUUCUUAAAGCAAAUCAUCGGUCGACCAGUUGUGGUCAAGUUAAAUUCUGGAGUGGAUUAUCGAGGGGUCCUGGCUUGCCUGGAUGGCUACAUGAACAUUGCCCUGGAGCAGACAGAAGAGUAUGUGAACGGCCAGCUCAAGAACAAGUACGGGGAUGCCUUCAUCCGAGGGAACAAUGUGUUGUACAUAAGCACACAGAAGAGAAGGAUGUGAAGGCUCUGGAUGGCGGUGCUCAACUUUCUAGGAUUAAUUUUUUUAUCAGUUGUUUUGCUUUUGUGACACUAUCUGUCCCAUUUUCCUGAGUUGAUUUCUUACCAUUGUGACAAAGAGAAAUGUGUAAAUGUGUGAUUUGAUUGUCACGAGAGUCCUUUAGUGUUGAGUCUUGGUUCUCAUUUACUGUCAGUACAAUGUACAGAAAGAAUUAAAGACUACAUGUUUUUAA